CUAUGUGGAGACAAUCGUCGACAACCAACUGUUUCAUGACAUUAAUUACACCACAAGACAAGAGUUUAAUGUGAAAAUUCAUUCAAAUGUCUGUCCCUCACAUAUUGAAUGCAGACCCGUGGCUGCCGUACGGGAAAAGUUGAUCCGCUCUUUUGGUAUAAAAAUAGGUGCCGUCCGGUUGUCCGCACAUAUGGACCGAAACACCUACUUUUGCGGCGAAAUACUAAACAUCAACUUUCAUAUGAGUAACCGGUCCUCAAAAACAAUACGCUUUUUGCCGCAAAUGGUUAGGCGGACAGCCUUUAAGAAAGAAUACAUAUAUCUGGAGAGUCAGGAACUGAUUGCCAGUAAUUAUGCCGAUCCCUGUCUAGAGAACAGUUCCCAAUCGGACAUUGUAUUCAUUCCCAUACCCUUUGACUGUCUGCCCACAAUCGACUGUCCACUCAUUGAGAUCACAUACAGCAUCAGCUUAUUUGUCGAUAUCUCCGACUCGACCGAACACUUCGAUGAGAUUCCUAUUUAUAUUAAAUAGUCUUUUAUUUGAUUAUUCAUUUCAUACUUUAUGUGAUAUCCAAAGUUAAUCAUAAGGAAU